GACGAGCCCUCUACAACCUCUGCCUUACCUCCUAAACCCUCCGUCUAAUAGCCUAGCCUGUAAUGUUCUCCGUCUUCGCCUACGUCGGCGAGCGGCCGGAGAAACGUCACAAGGGUGAGACAAUAGGCUCUGCGCCCGAGUUGCCACUGUUUCAAUUCGCGCGCACUCUUAUUCUUCGUCCAGACCUGGCGCUCAAAGUCAAGACUUUGGACACCAGCACCUUCUACUACGACGAGAUCGAUUACAGUGACGAAGUAACCGACGAGGAUCUCGACAUCUUGACCCAAGCUGUCGUUCAGCUUGGAAUGCCCGACGCGGAAACCUGGCAAGAAUCUCCAAUGAAUUUCGAACGAACUGCCGGCAUCGCACUCCUGAAUUGUCUCCUCCCUAACGUGCAAGCCUUCCACUUUACCAUCACCGAAGAGUCGCUUUCGUAUCUGGAGUCAUGGGCCAGCUUUGCAAGCAAUCAGAGAGCUCCUCGUCCUGCCCCUUUUUCUUCCCUGAAGAGCCUCCAUAUCACUGGAUUUUUCGACGUUUUCGACAAUCUCAACGGAUUCCACCUGAACCAGAUCGGCCCAAUCCUCUCCUUACCUACACUAGAGAUCUUUGCAGUAGAAAACUGCUUUUGGGACUUUGACUUUGACAGCGGUACUGUCGAUACCUUUCAAUGCCCAGCCGGAUCACUGAAAAUCUCUACUAUAGCUUUGACGACGGGCGUCGUCAGCACAGCAUGUAUGAAGACAUUGGUCGCGGGGUGUCGGUCGCUGGAAAAGUUCGAAGAAACUCGAAGCAUGCAGGACCUCGAAUAUUUCGGAUAUGACGUAACAUCGUGCGGCGUGAAUGGCAUAUGCUCUGCGCUUCAUUCCCAUGCCGCCUCGCUCCGGGAGGUCCGACUGAGCAUAUGCGAAACUGGGGAAUAUAUUCUGGAUCUGGAGUCAUGCCAGCGCCUAAAGACACUGGGCCUCUGGCUAUGGCUCAGGGGAAAUUGCCGUCAAGUGGAAGUCAUGAUAAUAAAACUUGACAUUCGAUCGCAGAAGAGGAUGACUCCUUCAUUCGCCUCAAUCGUAGUCGACACCGCGGAAUUUCGUAGUCCAAUCUCGGAUUACUCUUCCGAUUCGGCUCCCCCCACUGAAGAAGAAACACUGAAGCUAUACUACACGUGGAAGGAAGACUGGUUGAACGGAACGGAUAUAGAGCUCGUCUUCCUCAACAACUCACUUUUUCCGGAUUUUGACAACUCGUACGUUCCGUCACCUGAAGGCCUCAAGGUACUUCAAAAGAUACAGGACGAAGGUGUGACCGUAACACCAACCCCGAACGAGGGCAUGAACGCAUCCUAG